CAGUUGUAAAUUAAAUUUGUAAAUUUGAUUGGAGUAUCCUCUUAAAUUCUGCCAUAAUUAGGAGCCAAUCAGAUUCAAGAUUUUUACAACAGUUGCAAAGCUUUUCCUGCUGAAAAAAAGCAGAAUGACCGAUGGAAUUUCAUCUCUACCCUAACGGCUACGGCGUGGCCGCUCUCAGGCUUCUCUCUGUCUCUGGUUGAACUGUAUCGAUGCGGCUUGUUCCGCGCAGCGGGGAGUGGAUUGAGGUUAGGUUGACGGUCGAACCGCGACACAUGAAUUAUCGAUUGGACGUCCCUCGCGUUUAGCGCGGCCAAAACAAUCCCGCGGCCGAUCGUCCCGAUGUGACGAUGGUGGAGGAUGCACCGGCGCGCCGCGGGUUGAACUCUCGCCCGGUCGCGGUUCCCUCGACCGCGUUGUACCGCCAGUGAAGAAGAAAAACCGCGCGCGACGAAGAUGAGCCGGCUAUGGAACUACCUGGUGUUCCAAGCAUGGAUGUCCUACCUGAUGGCGGCCGGUCUGCUGGUGUUCACCAGCGGCUUCCUCCUGAACCGCGUCUCCCGGCCCGAACGGGCCGAGUGCGCGACGCGGUGCACGGCGGCCGGCGGCUGCGACACGGCGGGCAUCCUCCGCGACACGGAGCGCGCGGCGAAGGUGUGCCUGGAGCGCAGAGCGCGGGUCGUCCUGCUGAUCGUCGACGCGUUGAAGUACGAGUUCGCCGAGUGGCACGAGGACGAUGACGCCACCACCGCCGCGUCCUCCUACCAUCGCAACAAAUUGCCGGUGAUUCACGAGCUGCUGCAGAAGCACCCGUCGCACUCUCGCCUGUACAAAUUCGUGGCCGAUCCGCCCACCACGACCAUGCAGCGCCUCAAGGGCCUCACCACGGGCUCGCUGCCCACUUUCAUAGAGGUGGGCUCCAACUUCGCCACGGAGUACAUCCAGGAGGAUAAUCUCAUCGACCAGAACGCCGCCGGCGGUAUCGUCUUCAUGGGGGACGACACGUGGACCAAUCUCUUCCCGGAUAAGUUCAUGAGGCAGUUCCCGUCGCCGUCGUUCAACGUCUGGGACCUGGACAGCGUGGACAAGGACGUGCAGUACCGCAUCUUCUUCGAGAUGAAGAAGCGGGACUGGUCGCUGCUGAUAGCGCACACGCUCGGGGUCGAUCACUGCGGACACAAGCACGGCAUGCGGCAUCCGGAGAUGACGAGGAAGCUCAACGACACGAAUACACUUAUAAAGGAGAUCGUGGCGUCCCUCGAGAAGGACAUGAUGCUCUUCGUCGUGGGCGAUCACGGUAUGACGGAGACCGGGGACCACGGUGGCGACAGCCCCAACGAGGUCGAGGCCGCGAUGUUCGUUUACUCGACGACUCCGCUGUUGAAGGGAUUCGCGGUCAACGAUAGCGUCAAUCAGAUCGACCUCGUGCCCACCCUGGCGUCGAUCCUCGGCACGCCGAUUCCCUUCUCCAACCUGGGCUCCGUGAUACUCGACUGCCUGCCGAGCAGAGCGGACGAGGUGGCCGCCGGUCAGUUGCUGUAUCCUCUGCACUCUCUGUGGAAGAACGUCGCCCAGACGAAGCAGUACAUAGAGAUCUAUUCCGCGGACACGUACCUGUUCUCGAAGGAGCAACUGCAGCAUCUGCACCAUGUGUACAGUCUUCUCUCCGAGCGAGUGAAUCAGGUCGACAGCUUGGAGAAACUGGAGGCGUUCAUUCGCGACACCAGGGACUACUUCAAGUUACUCAAGGACACGUGCUCGGAGGUGUGGGUCCAAUUCGAUUCCGGACUGAUCUCCAAGGGUUUGCUCUUGAUGUUUUGCUCCCUGUUCUUCUUCUAUCUCUUCAUCACCGGUAUCCCCGAGAGUCGUAUGUGUGACAUAUUUAAGUCUUCGUUCCUGCAAUGCGCCAUCAUAGCGAAUCUCCUCACCGCGGUAAUCACCACGUGUCUGUUUCUGUUGGACGUUCUAGAGGAAUUGCGAAACACGACUUUCUUCGUCACUGGCGCGGUUUCCAUCGGUCUGCUGGUCAUAGUGAUCGCCCAGAAUUGGGACGUCAUAUCGAUGUGUUGGUACGACCAUCGUCGAAUCAAGCUGUUGACCUAUGUAGCCAGGAUAAUACUUCUUCUAACAGUGUGCGGUCUCUUCUCCAACAGUUACAUAGUCGAGGAGGACAGGGUCCUGUCCUUCCUGUUCGUCACGCUCGUUUGCCUGCUCAUAUUCGACCUGAGAAAGAACGAGCCCGACGGCGCUUCCGAGAGGAAGACGAGAUUCGCCAACUCGAGGCCGACGAGGUCCAACUUUCGCUCGCUCGUGCUGAUUAUCGGUUUACUGGCGUGCGCCUCGGUGAGGCUGUCGCAUUACUUCUGGCGUUGCAGAGAGGAACAUCUGCAGCGGGACUGCUCCAUAUUUGCGACCGGUAAAGUCGGUUGGUCGACGAUGCCGAACAACUGGGAGCGCGCGCUGCUCGCGGUGCUGCUCGCCUCGGUCAUCCUGGCGUUGUACGUGGUGAUAGUUAGGUCGUGGCUGCAGGGCUGUGGCAAUCUCACGGGCUUCGCCCCCAGCGUCAUAGUGGGACAGUACUUCCCGAUUAUCGUCAUCGUUUGCAUGGGUUGCUACUGGAUCCUGCAAAAGUUCCCCAAGUUCGGCAAGCCGAAGCUCGCGCUCUCCUGGGAGAUCAAUACGCUGCCCAAUUUGGUUUAUUUCUUCUGCGUCCUCGCGAUCCUCGUCCUCUACUAUCGUCCGCUUAGCGUGUACCUGCUGCCGAAGAAGAGGGAAUCCAUCGACGUCUACCGCGAUGAGAACAUAGUGCCUCAAUUAUUCGAGAAGAUAAGAGACUCCAUUUCCCGCAAGCGAAUAGAUACCGACGAACUCCCGGUGAUUUACGGUUUCGGGACCGCCUACAGCGCUGCGUUUAUCUCGCUGAGCGUAUUCCUCACACUUUUGUACGCGUUGCUGUUGGGAGACACUCUGUCGCCUGGUACGUUCUUGAUGUUCGUUACGUGUGCUUGCGUACUGGGUUUAUCCGCGAUAGAGAGAUACAAAAACGCUAACAAUAUCUCUGAGCUGGUGGACGUAUCGAUGCCCGUGUUACUUUGCUGGUUCCUGCUGGCUGAGUAUUUCUUUUACGGGACCGGCCAUCAGGCGACGUUUCCCACCAUUCACUGGCACGCCGCCUUCGUAGGAACUGGCGGCCACUUCUACGGGAACUUGGUGUCGGCGACUUUAAUCGGUAUUAACACGUUUGGAUCGCAUAUUAUACUGGGCGCGACGCUACCGCUAUUGGUGGUCGUGCCAUUCACGUUGCAUCGGGUCUUUCCAAAGUUUCUCAAGGCAAAGUUUCUCGACGAUAUAAAGAGGGGCGAGCUUCUCCUGUUCGAACAAGACUCUGCUUUUCACGCUGCAAUUUUCGCGAUUGCCGGGAAAUACACGUUGCUUCACGGGAUUCGGGUAUGUCGUACCUUCGGCAGCAUGCUCGCGGCGACUAUACACUGUCGGCACUUAAUGGUUUGGAAGAUAUUUGCGCCGAAGCUAAUAUUCGAGGGAUUAGGAUUCCUGGUGACGUUGGGUAGCAUACUAGCAUCGUUCUACAUGGUGUUCCGUAUUGAUCAACAAAUGGAGUAUCUUAUCACUAGAAUCACGAAAGGCAGAUGAUAGUGACUCACCGUUAAGGGAGU